AGACAGUCAUGUGACGUAGCCUCAGGAAACCCCGAUGGAGGAAGCAGGAAGUUUGUCCAGCAAGACAAGACGCCUCGGAUCAUAAACAACAUUCAAAGAAGAGAAUAAACAUCUUACAGGGAGAAUUUAACAGAUUUAUAACAAUGGCUGGGAUUAAAGCUCUGGUUGGUCUCUCAUUCAGCGGCGCCAUCGGACUGACAUUUCUUCUUCUGGGCUGCGCACUGGAGCAGUACGGGGUAUACUGGCCGCUUUUUGUGCUGAUUUUCUACGUGUUGAGUCCCAUCCCAACCUUCAUAUCCAGACGCCUGAGUGACGAUGACUCCUCCAGCAACGCAUGCAGGGAGCUGGCCUACUUUUUAACGACGGGGAUCGUGGUGUCGUCUUUUGGGCUCCCCGUUGUCUUGGCCCGAAACAGUACGAUCCAGUGGGGCGCCUGCGGCCUGGUGAUGACGGGAAACGCCGUCAUCUUCCUCACCAUCCUCGGCUUCUUCGUCAUCUUCGGAGGCGGGGACGAGUUCAGCUGGGAGCAGUGGUAGAGCGCGUGGAAAGCGCUCGGGCAGACGGGGCGGGUAGUUGGAUAGCGAGAUGAAGCGACGGCAGAUCGAGGGGCGCGUUUGUUCUGCGCUGAAUCGGGAGGGUGUAGAAAGAACAAAACCUUCACCAAGAUGAUUUUAUUUUUUUCAUUCGGGGGAUCGGGGGGUUUAGAUUUAGCAGGCAGUACUUUUUAUGCUUAUGAAUGUGCCUUAAGUGUGUGGGACCGUAGGGACUCCGAGGCCUCCAGCCCCUAUAACCACCAACUCUAUCCAUUAUAUCCCAGGUGGUUUAGCUUGCCUUAGCUUAAACUCCCAAAGUGGCCUCUUAUCGAAGCUAUCAUCCUCAUCACCGUGCCUCAGUUUAUUAUUAUUUUUGGAUCCCAGUCAUUUUGAAUGGGGUCCAAAAAGGAAAAAAGGUUGUAAUUCAUAAUGCGAAGCUUACUGUCUGUUCUGAAUCAUGGCUUGCGUUACACAAGCGCUGUUCGCUUUUAAAAGUCGGAAGGUGUUAAACGACCGCAGGAUGCAGGCCUGAGGCGUUUCUUACUUCUCUUUGUAUUUUUUUUUUUUUCUCAAGACUUUUUUGUUUUUUGGUUCUUUCUCUUCAUGUCGCAAUUGUUUACGUCUUCACCAAAGAUCACUUCCGACUGCAACAGAAGAAAAAAAAAAAAAAAAAUUGAUGUAUGUUGUCCAAUCCAGAGAAAGUUUCCUGAUUCAUUUCACGAACGAAAAAAACAGACACUAAUGAUCAUGGUUAGUAAUUCUUUUUUAAUGUUUUUUUUGCGCAAUUUGAGUAGCUCAUUCUGCUAACGUACGCUUUGAAGCCAAGUGCACUUCUCCACACUGAACUUAUCCAUAACCGUCUGCCUUAUGUGAUGUGUGUUUAAUUAGCAAAGAAAUCACUGAUGUUUAACUUGCUUUCUCUUGAAUCAAUAUUACAGCCUCAUAUUCUGUUUGUCGUUGUUGAUGGGAGUAAGACUGUGUUGCCCCUCUCAUUGAAAACUGUAGUUAUUGUUCUAUAUCAUAUUCUGUUUCUUUAGCAUUAGCUUCACAUCUGGGGGUAAGAUAAUAUAUUUUGGUAAAACUGACACUUUGUCUCCUUGUAGAAUUUCUAUUCUUUAUGUAGUAACUUCCUUACACACUAAGGAGAACAUUGAGGUUAUUUUACGAGCUCCAAUCAUGUUCUCUAACAUUUAAUAAAACUUUGUGUUGUAAGUGU